GACAAUCGCGUGCAAUUUCUUUGCUGCGUAGAAGAUAAUCAGCUCAGCACAAUGGACCCAUUCUCGAUGUUUAAUUGGUCUACGAAGGAUAUAAAUAUUCUGCUGCCGUACGUGAAGACGCGAUUAAUGUCGGAAUACACGCAGACCACAAUCGCCGAGAAGCUGCUACAGUUCUUGGAGCAACUGGAAGAAUCCGAACGAAACAUCGUAAUUGAAAAACUGAUUACAUUCGAUAUUAUACAUACAAUGUGCGAUGUCAUCCAAACGUCGGAUGAAGAUUUCGUGAAAAUCAUUCUCGAAUGCUUGGAGAUUAUCAGCGCCCAUAAAAUAUUUUAUGAAAAUCAAACGGCUAUACAAGUUAUACAAACAUUAUGUCGGCUUAGUUAUUUCGUAAAUAAGUCACUGAAAGACAUAAGGCUGUUCCAGAAACUCCUAGAGAGCAUAUCUAACAUACUUGUUAGAUCGCUAAAAUUAUAUGCGAUCUUCGAUACGGACUGUAUUUUCGAACAAAUUGUACUGCUCACGAGGAAUGUGAAUAUCGAGGAUUUGCAGAAGAACAAGCUGAAAUUUUCGGUCGCCACGAUGUUUAAUGUCGUCCUGCAGAAACAGAACUUUGAUGAAAAUAUCGAUGCCGAGAUCAUUAUCGAUGUCUGUCACGACAUAUUAAAGUCAAUGACAAAAAUUUUGAAACACGGCAAUGACGACGAAACGAUUGUACUUGCUGCUAAUGCAUUAUGCAGCACCUGCGCCAGCAGCUCACGAUUCUGCAUCUUCAUGCAAGAUUCCAGGGAAAAGAUGCGAACGGAGACCGAUCUUAAGAUUUACGAGAAGAAAAACGAUCUGGAAAUUUGCGUGAAUUAUACGAUGAUGAACUUAGUGUUGCCAUAUCUAAAAGACAAAGACUUGGUUCAUUCAGAUUUAAUAGAACUCGGAUUUUGUAGAAGUUUCGUCAUCUGUCUCGAAUACUUGUAUCAGCUAGAAAAAAAUUGCAAUAAGGACAAUUUGUCUAAACUCUUGGCUGCAGAUGGUUAUCUGAAGCGCCUCUUAUAUUUGAGAGCGCAAUUUCCAGCGACCUUACAAAGGAGCACCUGCAGAUUACUGUCAAGAAUCUUGAGUAUUCUUGGCAAAACGGCAUUCUCCAUAGAUACGGCCGAGUUUGCGGAUAUUUUAUAUGAAGGUCUUCUCGCGCUACCAACAGAUUCGACAAAAUGGAACGAUGCAGCAGCACGUAAAAAAGACGGAUCAGCUCUAAUAAUUCUGCUGUAUUAUCAUUUUCUUGGCACCCAAGAGAAAAACGACAUGCUAUCAUUGGAAUUUUUAACCGCUAGAGUCAUAAAACUUCCAACAUCUACUCCGAUCUCAGUCCUGAUUUUAAAACCUCUGUGGCUGCUAUUUGCCGUAACGUCUCUAUCUCAUCCGCGUCCCGAUUCAAUAUGUCGUUACGAAAACGCGGUCGAUCGAAUGACGAGCAUAUUGCAGCAUUCAGAAAUCAGCGAAUUUUAUACUCAUCAUACCGAUCUUUUACGUUUUUGUCUUACAUGUCCGUACAUCUUACAAGACUUACUAAAACGAGUAUUAAAUUUAUGGCUGAUAGAGUCCGACGGUGAUAUCAAGCCAUUAUCGUUCAAUUAUACCAAAGUUGGUCAACAUUUACUGGAUCUAAUACAACCUGGUUAUUCUGACUGCAUUAUCAACGUUGCCCUGAAAGGGCUUCAACAUUUUGUGCAAAUUAUUCAAGACGAUAGACAAUUCAUGGACCAAUUCGUGGAUAUUGUGUGGCAAACAUUACCUGAUAUACUCUCAUCGUAUCAACCGAAUGCUAUCGUGCCUCGAGUCACGCACGUAGAGACGGCUCUGGAGUUGGCUAGUAUCAUCCCGCCGUCCACGACACCGUUACAGUACAUAAUACGUUGCGCCGAUAAUAUUAUCAAGAUUAUAUUAAAGAGGAAUACAAAAUUAAAAUUCAUAACUUUAGUUGUAACGCAAGCGUAUACUUUGUUAAAUGUCACUGUGUCGCGCAACUCAUUCGAAGUCCUUGAAAUGUACGUAGAGAACUAUCGGCUGCUGAGAUGGUUAUAUAGGAAUGGAUUUUCAAAAGAAAGAUCAGAAUUAUCCACCAUUUGUAUAAAACUGCUUAGUUUUGUCAUUUGUUGUCAAAAAAAGUCAUCAGUAAAGUGCGAAAAGCCAUUGACGAUCAGUGUACAAAAUUUGUGUGAGCUGUUAACAUACGCCAGAUUAUCAUCACAGAACUGCACAGAGAACGCAAUGCAACUUAUAUACGAACUUUUAACACCAAAUGAUGACGGCUCAGCCGUCGUUUUACAAAAUAUCACGACCGAAACCCAUAAUGUAUAUCUGAUUAAUCUUUAUGAAAUUCUCUACCUCAUUCACGCGCAGAUGCACCCGAUAUCGCAUAUCGAAAAGAUCGUAUAUCAAAGUUUAGUUACUCUACUACAUUUUUGUAACACUAAAGCAGCCGCUAUAAUGCCUUAUAUUUGUACUACAAUGAGUACUUAUAAUCAUAUCAAAGGCCUAAACCUGAAACGUUUGCCGCGUCAUUUCGACGAAUUUAUACUUACAUGGCUUCAUUAUUACCAAACAUACGGCGACAAAUUUGAUGGUGUUGUACUACAUUUUAAGUCACCCCUUGAUGAAGCUUUAGAAAAGCUGAAAGAAUAUUUAAUAGUUCUUAAAAAGGAAAAACUGAAAGACGUUUAUCUUAAAUUACAAAGGGCGGUAAGUUAUAUUAUUUUUAGACUAUUCUAAAAUAAUUUAUACUGUAAGAUUAAUAUCUUAAUUAAAAUAUCUGUUGUCUUAUAUUUUAUAUUUUUGUUUCAGCUGUCAUAAUUCGACUAAAAAAUAACAUUUACAGUUCAUAUCACAUUACAUAUGUCACCAUACAUGUAGUAUUGUAAGGAAAAAGUUGUGAAACCGGAUUUACGUCUGGAAUAUCAAGUUUUCUAUUAAAAUAGACAUACUUAAUCUCUAUAAGAAUUUGGUAACUUUGUGUUCAUUUUGAGAGAAAGUUGUAUUAUAACAUCAAAUGUGUACAGCAAUAUUAAAAUAUUAUUUUUCGUUCGCUGUACACAA